CUCUGCGCUACGGCGGUACAGCCGAGCGAGGCAGACAACGACGGGACGCCAGUGCCGGGGCGAACCGCCGUGUUCUUCGGAGUCGGAGCUACAUCUAUUAUCGUUUUUGGAUAAGACGACGUUCCUUAAAGUUAGAGGAGUGUAGCAGUUGCAGCGUCGAGGGCGAGGCUCGGACUGGAAACCGUAGAGGAAGCGUUUCACUCUGUACUGAAGUCGAAUUGAACUCAGCUCGACUGGAAAUGCACGACUGUCGAACCGACGAGAGCAAACUGGAUGUUUUCGACCGCAGCUGCAAGGGAAGUUUUUGUUUUUGAGCGACGGUGUAAAUGGUGUAGCGAUACAUAUAUGUCAGCUCGUUUUGCAAGCUAGCUAGUAGCUGCGUUAGCAGUUGGGUCCGACCUCCAACUUUGUUUUGAUGAUGCCUGGAUCAUGUUCAGCAACAGGUAGCCUUUUCUGAACCUCUCAAAUACGCGCCAAACAAGCGUACAGUCGAAGCAGGCUACUGUUUGGAUGACGGCUCGGGUUUGUGUUGUCGAUUUCUCCUAACGAUGUCGUCUGAGGAAUCAGUCUUUCCCACAAACCCACCGAUCAUGUUGGAUUAUGAUGAGGAAUAGCAGCGGUGGACGAGUGAAGGAACCGAGUCUUUAAUUCUCAUGUGAAGAUUGGGAAGGAAAAUCUGUCAUAAAUAGAGCUCAUUGGAUUCGAGUCUGAAGUCUCCACGGGUUCAUGCAUCAAAAUGUCGGCCAUUUACGAAUCCGAGAAAGUGGACGGGUUUACGAGGAAGUCCGUGAGGAAGGCCCAGAAGCAGAGGAAGCCGCAGGGUUCGUCCCAGUUUCGCACCCAGAGCGCACCAGUGGAGCUCUCCCCACUGCCGCAGCUCAAAGAUGCCUCAUCUACUGAGCAGCAGGAACUCUUCACGCAGAAACUCCAGCAGUGCUGCAUGCUGUUUGAUUUCCUGGACUCCGUCACAGACCUGAAGAGCAAGGAGAUCAAGAGAGCCACUCUGAACGAGCUGGUGGAAUACGUGUCCACCAACCGUGGUGUCCUGGUAGAACCUGCGUACCCUGAGAUCACCAAUAUGAUCAGCACCAACAUAUUCCGGACUCUGUCCCCGAGCGACAACCCAGAUUUCGACCCUGAGGAGGACGAACCCACGCUCGAGGCUUCGUGGCCCCACAUGCAGCUUGUGUACGAGUUCCUUCUGCGCUUUUUGGAGAAUCCAGACUUCCAGCCAAGCAUCGCUAAGCACUACAUCAACCAGAAGUUCGUUCUCCAGCUCCUGGAGCUGUUUGACAGUGAGGAUCCGAGGGAGAGGGACUUCCUGAAGACGAUCCUGCACAGGAUUUAUGGAAAGUUCCUGGGACUCAGGGCUUUUAUCCGGAAGCAGAUCAACAACAUUUUCUUGCGGUUCACCUACGAGACCGAGCACUUCAAUGGAGUCGCCGAACUUCUGGAAAUACUUGGGAGCAUCAUCAACGGCUUCGCUCUGCCUCUGAAAGCCGAGCACAAACAGUUCCUGAUGAGGGUUCUCAUCCCACUACACACGGCCAAGGGACUGGCACUCUUCCAUGCCCAGCUGGCUUAUUGUGUGGUCCAGUUUCUGGAAAAGGAUCCGACACUUACUGAACCGGUAAUCCGUGGUCUGCUCAAGUUUUGGCCCAAAACCUGCAGUCAAAAAGAGGUGAUGUUCCUGGGUGAAAUUGAAGAGAUUCUGGAUGUCAUCGAGCCGACCCAGUUCAAGAAGGUCCAGGAGCCCUUGUUCAAGCGGAUCUCAAAGUGUGUGUCCAACCCGCACUUCCAGGUGGCGGAGCGAGCGCUCUACUUCUGGAACAACGAGUACAUUCUCAGCCUCAUCGAGGAAAACCUCGACAAGAUUCUACCCAUCGUCUUCAGUAGCCUGUACAGGAUCUCCAAAGAGCACUGGAACCCGACGAUUGUGGCGCUGGUCUACAAUGUGCUGAAGACCUUGAUGGAGAUGAACAGCGCCCUCUUUGACCAACUCACCUCGUCCUACAAAGCUGACAAGCAAAGGGAGAAGAAAAAGGAGCAAGAGAGGGAGGAGCUGUGGAGGAAGCUGGAGGAGCUGCAGCUCAACAACACCACCCUGGUGGUCAACAACCGCCACGCCAUGCUCCAGCACAACAACAACAACAACAGUAAUAAUAAUAAUAAUAAUCAGGAUAGUGACGGCUCCGCUGAUGGAUCUGUGGCCGACGAUGCCGCGGCAGCAGCUGAUGCUGACACAAGUGCCAAAUGACACUGGUUGUUCCCCGUUAGCAAAACAAAUCCCACCUCAGCAGUAUGUUAAGAUUGAAACUCAUAAAAAAAAUGAUUCUCUGGAUGUUACACUUGACUGGUAUUAUGACACGCAGGAAGGAGAGGAAUGUUUAAACGAUGACUUGAAUCCAAUGUUUCCAAUCGUGCUGCACUUCGCUGUCGUUUGUUUUGACUCUCAUCGCUGCCCUCGCUCUGGUGGACGCCUGAUGUUGUUCCGGAGGAUUCGGCUCAAACAGGACCAGAGUUUCGGAGACUUUCCAGGGGAGGCUGCAGACCUAAGGGCUUAUCAGGAGCAGCUAAGGAAUAGCCUGCGGCCAAAACUCAAACCGUUUGAUAAUCUCUGAAGCCGAUGGAGUAGAUUGUGUAGAUCACUUAGUUUUAAUGUUCCCUUUGUGUUGCAGGUGUCGGUUCUCGUAUUUAUCACCUCUGUUAGCGACCCCUGCGUGGAUAGUAUGGACGAGGAGUUUCCAGAGUUAAAUGAUAUUUAUUCUGUCGACGCUACUCUUAGCAUUGUUAGCGUAGCAUUCUAACCACCGGAUGUUAAGUGUGGAAUUAGUGCCAAAUUGUGUGUGUAAUUCUUCACUUAUGACUCGAAAAGAUUUCCGCUAAGCUGCUAACUGUAGCGUUCUCCAGUCUGUUUUGCCGACAGGAAAUAUAGUGCGUGUAUUUUUCCAUUGCCGUUUCUCUAAAGUAGGCCGAAGAAAGCAACAGUAUUUUUUCAGCGCAUAGCAAAAGAAAAUAUUUUCUUAAACAUUUUUUUUUUCAGAUGGAAUUCCGAGGGUUUGACUGUAUAUUUUGUCAGGUGAAUAUAUUCGUGCAGCGUGGACGCUACUUAAAGGGAAACGCCACUCACACUGGGUCGUUCUGGAGGGACGACGUCCUGGACGUUUUAGAUAUGGAAGUGAAAGUGGCGGAAGGAUCUGUGGUCACGACAAGAGGAGCUUCAGAUGUCCCGUCUUCUGGUCCACUGUCGUCCGUCAAGUUUGUAAUCGUCUCUCUCGAUGCCUUUUUCUUGUUCCAACAGCAUUCCAAUCUCUGUGCGUGGGUUUUUGUAAUCGCAGAUCCUACUUGGACCAUCAAAUAAAAUUUGCUCUAUCUUUCUACUGAGUCACCACAAGUGUUUUCAUUGCCCUCUCUCUCUCACUGAUAUGCCAGGGGUUCUUAACCUUUUUGAUCUCGGGGCCCACCUUUUCCAGAAAAAAAUGGGUCCGGGACCCAUUCAAGAUGUAGAACUGUGGUUACUGAUUUCUGAUGUCAGAAUUACCGAUUUAAUGUGUGUUCGAUAACCAUCCAUGUAAACAAACCGAAACCUUGUGAAAUGGCAUGAAACCAUGUGAUCAGUGCAAAGAUAUUUGUCAUUGAAAAGUCCAACCAGCAGCAGAACCGGGUUCAGGUUCAUGUUCGUCAAAUUUACUAAAGG